UUUCGAUCCUUUGAAGCGCGUUUGAAGACUCAGCAACAACCGAUCUCAUCGUUUGCUACGUAGAUCUCUAAGAUGAAUAGUACAAACGGUAUGGGAGAUGCAGAUGAAGAAAAUAAAACAGGAGUGUACGUAAAUCAAGGUUUGAGUGGGUCCGGGGACAGUUUGAAUCUCGGUCAUUCGAACAAUUCUCAAAUUCAGCAUAAUUCGUAUGGAAGUCGCCAAGAGAUGCAAGGUUCCUCGGACUUUAUUUUGGUAGAAGAAUCCGAAGACUAUGGAAUAGAACACAAAGACAAUUUUACACAUUCCAUGUUAUAUCAAUUAAGACGACGUUGUAGAUCGGCUUGUACAAAGAAAACCAUUUACAAAAGGGUACCAAUUUUAAAUUGGUUGCCGAGGUAUAGUGGGCAAGACGCUCUAGGCGAUCUUGUCGCGGGUAUCACCGUAGGCCUAACUGUCAUUCCACAAUCUUUAGCGUAUGCUAACGUAGCGGGUUUACCACCUCAACAUGGACUGUAUGGUAGCUUCUUAGGAUGCUUUAUUUAUGUUAUAUUCGGCUCUUGCAAAGACACACCAAUGGGACCUAGUGCCAUCACUUCCUUGCUCACGUAUCAAACAAUUGCACACCUUGAUGCACCAUUACAACACGCGAUACUUCUCUGCUUCUUAGCUGGAGUGAUAGAACUGAUAAUGGGUAUAUUUGGUCUCGGAUUUUUAAUUGAUUUUGUAUCUGGGCCGGUCAGCUCUGGAUUCACGUCAGCGGUAGCUUUGAUAAUCAUAACGUCGCAAGUAAAAGAUAUAUUAGGCAUCCCCGCAAAAGGUUCACAGUUUCUUGAAAUGUGGAAAAGCCUUAUUAAACAUGUACAUGAAACUUCAGCCUGGGAUGCGGCGCUUGGAGUAUCCUGUAUAGCGCUCCUUUUAUUUCUCAGGCUUAUAGCAUCUUACAGUGUUGGUCCUAAAGACAAAGAAGCGCAAAAUACAAAAUAUCUCGUAUUAAACAAACUCAUAUGGUUGUUCGGUACAUCGCGAAAUGCACUUUUAGUAAUAUUAUCUGGUUUCUUGGGAUACUGUUUUAGAGAAGAAUCUCCCUUCAAAUUGGUUGGACAUAUACAACAAGGUAUGCCAAAUGUACAAUUACCAUCAUUUAGUUAUACCAAAGAUGAACAUACAACAGUAACAUUUAUCGAUAUGGUUUCAAAUCUGGGAAGCGGUAUCCUUGUUUUACCGCUUAUUUCAUUAAUGGAAGAUAUUGCUAUUUGCAAAGCCUUUUCAACUGGAAAAUCAGUUGAUGCAACACAAGAAUUAAUAGCAAUUGGAAUAUCAAACAUUGGUAAUUCUUUUGUUCAGGCAUUUCCUGGUACAGGAUCUCUUAGUAGAAGUGCAGUAAACAAUGCUUCUGGAGUAAGAACACCAAUGGGAGGCAUUUAUACUGGUACUUUAGUAAUAAUAGCUCUUUUCUUUCUCACCCCUUACUUCAGCUAUAUCCCCAAAACUACAUUAGCAGCUAUUAUCAUAGCUGCAGUAAUAUUUAUGGUUGAAGUUAAGGUCGUAAAACCAAUGUGGAGAACUAAAAAGUCAGAUUUAAUUCCUGGAUUAGGAACAUUUGUUGCGUGUUUAUUAUUACAAUUAGAAAUUGGAAUUUUAUGCGGUAUUGGAAUAAAUAUUUUAUUCAUUUUAUAUCAUGCUGCACGGCCAAAGAUAUCCGUGGAAAAACUUACUACUCGUCAUGGCAUUCGAUAUCUUAUGUUAACGCCUGAUCGAUGUUUAAUUUUUCCAUCUGUUGAUUAUGUACGAAAUUUGGUAACAAAAUAUAGUCAAAGGACUCUAAACGUAGCAACGCCAGUUGUAAUCGAUUGUUCUCACAUUUAUGGAGCAGAUUUUACUGCAGCUACAGUAAUUGAAACUUUAACAAAGGAUUUUGCAUCAAGAGGGCAACCACUCUUUUUCUAUAAUUUAAAACCUUCAGUUUAUGCCGUGUUUGAAGGUGUUGCAUCAACUGACUUUGUUGUAUAUUAUACUCAGGAGGCGCUGGACGAUCUCCUAAAGGAUAGAGGAUAUAUAAAGCAAAUUAAAUAA